UCCUAUUCCUGCGCGGAUUAGAAGCAGGGGAAGCCAAAUGCAAUCAGAACAAUGAAUGACACAGAUCAUGAUAAGAAUGGAAGUUGAUGUUUCUAUAUCUUAUAUCUACUCUCCGCACAAUCCUCGCUCCUUUUCAUUACGAUUGCAGUUUAUGUAAAUUUCCAGAGCGAUUUUUGAGGGUUUGAGAUUCGAAGAAACGAUGAAUUUCCGGGAGCUUUUCUUCUUGUUGUGCUUAGGGUCUCUGAUGGCCUCCACGGCGCUUGGAGAGGUCGUUUUAAUCAGCAGAAACGGUACUUUGUCAUUCGGUGACAUUGAAGCUAGCUUUGCUCCCCCAGUAGAGGAACCAGAGAAAUGUGGGACACUGUACAUGGCUGAGCCUUUGGAUGCAUGCUUGCCACUUACUAAUAAGCUUGAUAGUGUUAACAACAGCACCAAACUUCCAUUUGUGUUGAUAAUCAGGGGAGGAUGUAACUUUAAGGAUAAAGUCAGAAGAGCCCAAACUGCAGGGUUUAAAGCAGCCAUAAUCUAUGACAACGUAUUCGGUGAUUUGGUUGAAAUGGCAGGGAGUUCUUCUGGUAUAAAGAUACCUGCUGUCUUUGUUUCAAAAGCUUCAGGAUUAGUCCUUGCAAAGUAUGCGGGUGACUCUGACAUCGACUUAUGGAUAGUACCAAGCCUUGAGGCUUCAGCAUGGUCAUCCUUGGUCAUAGUGUUCAUUGUAUUCUUUGCAAUGUCAGCUAUGGUGGUCGUCUACUUCUUUGUUGGGAGGUAUAACCGAAGAAGAGAGAGACCUAGACCUAGACGUGUUAGAGAAGUUCACGGGAUGAGUAGCCGUCUGGUAAAAGCCAUGCCAAGUUCAAUAUUUACAGUGGUUGUCGAGGAUAAUUGUACUUCAACAUCAUGUGCUAUAUGCCUUGAAGAUUAUAGCAUUGGGGAUAAGCUCAGGAUUCUGCCAUGUUCUCACAAAUUUCAUGCUAUAUGUGUGGAUGCUUGGCUCACAUCAUGGAGGUCCUUCUGCCCUGUUUGCAAGCGUGAUGCUAGAACUAGAGUGGGUGAACCACCAGCAUCAGAAUCCACACCAUUACUUUCAUCAACGUCUUGCUCAUCUGUUAGAUCAACAUUAGCAGCAGCAGCAGAUUCGCGACCUCAGUCGCUUCAUUCUUCAUUCCACCAACUACCCCAUCCCAGUACAAACCAGAUCUCAAUAGACUUUAGAAAUGCAUCUUCGCGGAGAUCGCCACAUGCUUCUUAUUUAGUUUCACCUCACUCAUUAGGGUUUCAGUAUCCUUCCUCAUCAUCUCUGUAUCCAAGUCAUAUUUCUCCAGGCAAUGCUUCUUCAUCAAGUUUUAUUGUUUCUCCAAGUCAGCAGCCAAACCCACUGCAACGCAGCGAGUCUAACGCAAGCUUUUCCCCAUUCGCCUCGGCCCACUCUCUUCCAGAUUGCCAAGUCUAGCUUGCCAGAGACUUGCAGGGAUGAUUAUUGGUACAUGAAGAACCAUUGAUUUGUAUAUUCUUCUUAUAUAUCUAUUGGUUUUAGUUUAUAAUAACUAUUGCACUUUCUAGUCUGACAGAAUUCAUAUCAGCUUGUGUAUAUGACUAGGGCAGAAAAAUAUAAAAGCAGUUUUCUUCAAGAUGAAUGUGAAAUUGUGAAUGAUGCAA